AUGGAGACCCUCACGGAGAUCAUAAUCAAGGCGCAUGAGCUCAAAGUUUUGGAGAAUUUGAAUGGUUGCAAGCCCUUGCAGAGGUUAUCGCUAUACGCAGUGGACGUGGUACUAUUCAUUAGACCUUACCGGACAGAUAUUGCUUUUGUCAAGGAAGUACUCAUGAUCUUUGGAAAGGCCUCGGGAUUGCAUGUUAAUUUUGCCAAGUCUUCAGCAAUUCUGAUCCGGGGAGAGGAGCAGGACGAGGAAGUGGUCAGAAGCGCGCUACCAUGGAAGAUUGAUCACUUCCCGUGUAAAUAUCUGGUUCUACAGCUUGGGAUCAAACAAUUGACGCGUUCUGAAUGGCAAUGCAUGGUGGAUGGAGCGCUCAAAAUCUUGCCAGGAUGGCAAAGAGGCCUGGUUACACGUCCGGGAAGGCUGAUUCUUGUGCAACAAGUGAUGAGGGCGCGUCCCACGCAUCACCUAAUUGUGGCAGAGGCGCCGAAGUGGGCGAUCGAGAAAGUGGAUCAGGGCUGUCGUGCGUUCUUUUGGGCUGGUUCUGAUGCCGUCAGUGGCGGGAAGUGCGCGGUAUCUUGGCGGAGAGUGUGCCGCCCUAAACAGCUGGUUGGUCUGGGCAUUUUGGAUCUCAGUAAACAUGGUCUUGCCCUUCGGUUGAGAUGGGAAUGGCUACGCAGGCUGGACGAUAGCAGGCCAUGGCAAGUAUUGAAUCUCGCAACUGAUAAACAGGUCCAGCACACGUUCAAUAGCCUGGUGAAGUGGGAGAUCAGAGACGGCACGGGAAUUCUGUUUUGGAAGGACAGAUGGGUGCAAGGUUACACGAUCGCUGAGAUUGCCCCUGGCCUGGUAGCUAAGGUCAAGACGAGGACAGUCAAUUCGCGGCUGGCCAGCGAGGGGCUACACCAGCAUGCGUGGCUCAAGGACUUGCCGGAGAAUCUAUCGACAGAGGAGCUGAUGCAGUUUAUACAUCUUUGGGAUGCACUUGUGCACGUCGAUAUUUCUCCUGGCAGUGGAGACAAGGCGAUAUGGGCAUGGCAUGAGUCUGGUAGCUAUUCUGCGGCGUCGGCUUAUCGGAUGCUCUGCUUCGGUGGAAUCAGUUUUGCACCUGCAGCCGCCAUAUGGAAAAACGGAGCCCCCCUGGCAUAUAAGAUUUUCAUGUGGCUAGCUAUCCAAAACCGCAUCUGGACGUCAGACCGGAGACUAAGGCAUGGUUUGCAGGACACGGCCUCCACGCGCUUUCUCUGUGACCAGGAGCAGGACAAUGUAGAUCACCUCAUGAUUCAGUGUGUCUUCGCGCGACAGGUCUGGUACCAAUGCUUUGCCAAAGUUGGAAUCGAUACCAACCUGAGCCCUGUGCAUCACGAUUUGCUGCAACAAUGGUGGAUGAAUGCGCGCAAGCAGCCUUCAAAUCGACGUUACACAGACCCUUCACGGCAGAAGGAAAAGAAUCCUCUGGUAGCGAAACCACAGCCUUCAAAUCGACUUUACACAGACCCUUCAAAGCAGUCCACCAGCCUGUCCAUAUAUCUGCUGUACUCCAACAGGAGACAGGAGCCACCAAAGACAGAGACCAGCACCCUCGCGCCCAUGGAUUCUUCCUCCCCUUCCUCCUCGUCCUCCGACCCGGACUACCUUGUCGCCACCUCCGACCUCGACGAUGACGCCGCUACCGCCGUCCACCAGAGUCAUGCCGACGCUGCUGCCGUCGCCCUCCCGAAGCGCCCCGACGCCGAGGGCUUCGUCUCGUUCCUGCGCUCGCCGGACGACGUCGACGCCGUGUGCAAGAAAUACGGCGUCCCCGAGGAUCACUACACCGCGCGCCUCGCCGGCGACCUUCGCGCGUGCUCGCCCCCGCCGCCGGGCUGCGUCUGCGUGUACGCGCACGCGCUGGAGGCCGGGAUGCGCGUCCCGCUGCACCCCUUCUUCUGCGAGGCGCUGGCCCACUUCGGCGUCGCGCCGACGCAGCUCGCGCCCAACGCGUGGCGCAUCAUGGCGGGCUUCCUCGUGCUCUGCCGCUCCGCCGGCGUGCCGCCGUCGCUCGCGGUGUUCCGGCGUUUCUUCGUGCUGUCCGUCCUCAACCACAGGCACACCAAAAGAUGGUACUACUUCCAAACCAGGUUCAGGGACAGCUCCGGCUUGCGCUUCGCUGGGUUGCCAGAUUCCAUCAACGGCUGGAAGCGCGGGUUCUUCUUCCUCUCUUCGCCGACCCCGUGGCCCUGUCCCGUGGAGUGGGGCGAGCCGUCCAAGAGCUCCUUCGUGGACCCGGUGCUUACAAACGAGGAGAAGAAAUCCGUGGCGAAGCUGCUACGUGCUUCCGGCGGCGCCGCCGUUGAUAUCAGGACAUGUUUGUCCGACAGCAACAUUGCCGCUACCGUGGUAACUGCCGCAUCUCCGGCGCCGCCCUCUGCUCGUACUAGUGCUAGUUCCAAAGGGAUGGAUUCCGCCGUCUACGACAUGAUGAAAACCAUGCUGGCGGAGAAGAUGGCCCGGCAAGCGUCGGCAUCGGCAAAGAAGGUGAAAGCAGAGCCAGGGUCGUCGCCGUUGUGCGGGAAGAAAGGGAACCUGGACGAGGCCAACGAGGAGGAGGGCCGUCCCCCUUCUUCGGACGCUCCACCUGCCGCCCGUGGCCACUCGGUGCCCACCAGCGUGUGUUCGCCACUGCCGGGAGUCUCUCGGCAGCCACAAGACUUCGCCGACGGAGACGGCACAGACUGGGAGGUUGCACGGGAGCUGCUGCAGGGUGCCGUCGCGCCGCCGCAGCAGCGCGUGUUUGCGGCGACCGAGCCAUCAGAUGUCGUCGCGUCGAGCUAUGUCGCGAUUCUCCAGGUAUGCCAGAGAACUACAUGUUCACAUUAUUUGUGCGCAGGCGGCGAACUACAUGUCAUUCUCCUUGGACUACGCUCUGGAGCUGGAGGAGAAGCUGUUGGCGCGGGACGCGGAGAUUGCCGCGCUGCGGAAGCAGCUGGAGGAGACGAAGGGCGAGCUCGCCACGGCGAAGGUGCCGCGGAGGUAGUCAGGAGGGUAGCAGGAGAGCGAGACGGAGGACAUGGGGCGCACCGCGGAUCUUUUCCUUGCUUCGCUACUCUGUAAUCGAGUGAUCCGUUUCCUUUGCUAUACGAGACUCGUUAUCUAAGAUUCAUCAGUGACCUCUGGAGUGUUUAAGCGGUAUCACCAUUCAAAUUUCUCAAUAUCUUUCCAUAAACUAAGAAGACCUACAAAUUGUCAUCUUUGG